UUUGAAGAUUGUGUCAUCCUGCCUCCUGUUUCUCUGUUUUGUGAUCAAUGUGGUUCACAGGAGCUUCUUAAGUAGUAAACGACAUGAGCCUGGGGCAUGGAAAAUAUGACUUUUAUAUUGGUCUGGGAUUGGCUAUGAGCUCCAGCAUUUUCAUUGGAGGGAGUUUCAUUUUAAAAAAAAAAGGUCUCCUGCGACUUGCCAGAAAAGGCUCCAUGAGAGCAGGUCAAGGUGGCCAUGCAUAUCUUAAAGAAUGGUUGUGGUGGGCUGGACUGCUAUCAAUGGGAGCUGGUGAGGUGGCCAACUUUGCUGCAUAUGCAUUUGCACCAGCUACAUUAGUGACUCCGUUAGGAGCUCUCAGCGUCCUAGUGAGCGCUAUUCUCUCUUCAUACUUUCUGAAUGAAAGACUUAAUCUUCAUGGGAAAAUUGGGUGUCUGCUAAGUAUUUUAGGAUCUACAGUUAUGGUCAUUCAUGCUCCGAAAGAAGAGGAGAUAGAGACCUUAAAUGAAAUGUCUCACAAACUAGGUAAUCCAGGUUUUAUGGUCUUUGCAACACUUGUGGUCAUUGUGUCCUUGAUAUUAAUCUUUGUGGUGGGACCUCGCCAUGGACAGACGAACAUCCUUGUGUACUUAACAAUCUGCUCUAUAAUCGGAGCAUUUUCUGUCUCCUGUGUGAAAGGCCUGGGCAUUACCAUUAAAGAGCUGUUUAUGGGAAAGCCUGUCCUGCGGCAUCCCCUGGCCUGGAUUCUGUUGCUGAGCCUCAUAGUCUGUGUAAGCACACAGAUUAAUUACUUAAAUAGGGCCCUGGAUAUAUUCAACACUUCAAUUGUGACUCCAAUAUAUUAUGUAUUCUUUACAACAUCAGUUUUAACAUGUUCAGCUAUUCUCUUUAAGGAGUGGCAAGACAUGCCUGCUGAUGACGUUAUUGGUACUUUGAGUGGCUUCUUUACAAUCAUUGUGGGAAUAUUCUUGUUGCAUGCUUUUAAAGAUGUCAAUUUUAGUCUAGCAAGUCUGCCAGUGUCUUUUCGGAAGGACGAAAAAGCAGUGAAUGGUAAUCUUUCUAAUAUGUAUGAAAUUCUUAAUAAUGAAGAAACCUUAACCUGUGGAACUGAACAACACACUGGUGAAAAUACUUCCCGAAGAAAUGGAAAUCUGAUAGCUUUUUAGGAAAGAUACAAUUUAAGGGUUAACCUAAAUUCUGUUAUAAAGUAAAUUUGAGUAUCAGAAUUGGUCUGAAAAAAGCACUGUCCUCAAAUAAUGUUCUCUAAAGACAAUCUUUUUUAAGGUUUCACUGAUUUGGACCAAGAAAUUUUCUUAUGUCUAUAAGAUCGUAGCUUACUACAGUGACCUCAGUACAUGGCUAGUUUCUGUUUCUGGUAACAACUGUAUUAUUGUAGCAGCAUUUUAAAGUUUAAUUCAUUCACCA